GUAGCGCUGUUUCUUCGUCUCUGUUGGAGAACAAACCAAAGGGGAAAGGCGCAGUACAGCCGAGUGGAGGUGGAGUCUUUAGGUAGGGAGAGAGAAGAAAGGGGAGAAAGGAGGAAAACGGGGAAAGGCAGACUGAACUGAAACGGGGGGAGAACGUGGAUGAUUUACGUCCUAAAAGUUGCAUUACAACCAAUUCGGCUGUUGCGGAAAGCAGGAAUAGAGCAAGAUGAUAACGCCUUACUUCCUAGAGAAUUUCUGGGGAGAAAAGAAUAAUGGCUUUGAUGUGCUCUACCACAACAUGAAGCACGGCCAAAUUUCCACCAAGGAGCUGACAGACUUCAUCAGAGAAAGGAGUACCAUUGAAGAUGCCUAUGCCAGGUCAAUGACCAAACUCGCCAAGUCAUCUGGCAACUUUUCUCAGCUUGGGACAUUUGCUCCAGUGUGGGAUGUGUUUAAGAGUUCAACAGAGAAACUGGCCAGUUGUCAUAUGGAGCUGGUGAGGAAAUUACAAGAACUUAUAAAGGAAGUUCAGAAAUAUGUGGAGGAGCAGGCCAAAGCACACAAGAAGACAAAAGAAGAGGUGGCACCAACAUUGGAAGCGGUCCAGAACAUCCAGAGCAUCUCGCAGGCGCUUCAAAAGUCCAAGGAGAUCUAUAAUGCCAAAACCGUUGAGCAGGAACGCCUCCGCAAAGAGGGGGCCACCCAGAGAGAUGUGGACAAGGCCGGAGUCAAAGCCAAAAAAGCCACAGAGACGUACAAAUCAUACGUGGAGAAAUAUGCCACAGCCAAGUCCGAGUUUGAACAGAAGAUGGCAGAAACUGCACAGAAAUUCCAAGACAUUGAAGAAAACCACAUCCUCCACAUGAAGGAGAUCAUUCGGUCAUACUCACAGUCAGUGGAUGAAACACACAUUCAGAUUGGAGAGGUCCACAAUGAAUUUAUGAGGAACAUUGAGAACACGUCAGUGGAGAGCUUAGUCCAGAAACUGUCCGAGAGCAAAGGAACAGGCAAGGAAAGACCAGGACCCAUCGAGUUUGAGGAGUGCAAUACAGCUAUAGCCACAGAAGGUGCAAAGCCCAGAAAGAGAAAACCAUUUGGCAUCCCAGGCCGCAGGAAAGACAAAGACACAGACUCCACAGAGUCCACAGAAGUUGAAGCUGCUAACACUGCCAAUGGUGCUCCCCCUGGAUAUUAUGGGUCCAUAGACAUCCAGAACGCUAAUGUUCCUAAAGUUGAUGCAGAUGGCUUCUGCAUCAGACCAGAAGAUGAAGAUGAGCCCAGGAAGUUCCACGUACAGAUCAAACCCGUUCAGCCAAAUAACGGCACGCACCAGAACCGAGCAAACAUAGAUGAGCUCAAAGCGUCCAUCGGAAACAUCAUCCUAUCACCUUCCACCUCGGGACAGAUGCGGAGGAACCAGUCCAGUGAUGAACUGGCAAAACCCAGGGUACCAACACCAUAUGAGCUGACAAACAAUGACCUUCUGUCCCUGGACCCACUGAGCUCGGCUCUGCCUGUUGGAUCCUCCUCCACAGUGUCAUCAUCAGCAGCUGACACGGUGCAACAACAGGAGCGCUCUCCUCCUUCGGCAGAGUGCCAGCAAUCCAAAGAUGUUUCCUCAUUCUCAUCCUCCUCCUCCUCUCCCUGGGAUUCACCCGAAAACCCUUUCCAAGUACUUAAGCCCACACCAGCAAGAGCCCAGAGUGCUCCCAUCACCCAGCCCAGUGAGCCAAUUGACCCCAUCAGAAGCCCAGCCAACAGCAGCCCUCCAAAGAGCAAUGACACCUCAUCAGUGCCCUGGUCCCAGAGCCAAUGGAUUGCUUUCAGUGAUAACUUUACUCCACCUUACCGUCAAGGCUCAGGAUCAUCCGUAAAGGAGCUCCAGAGGCUGCAGUCAGGCCCAAGCAGAUCAAGUCGCUUCCUGUCUGAUGACUCUUCGGACGCCUACUGCAAAGCAGCAGGUGUCAGGGAGGACGGGGACCCCUGUUUCACUGAUGUAUUCCCUGAUAGGGCCAUGGCCGCAGCCCCAGCAAGCAAAAUAUUCAAUGUGCCAGUACCGAACCGACCCACCACCCCCCUGACAGCAGGAGCCCUCGUGCCCCCACCACGACCCUCCUCCAGGCCCAAAAUUUCCACAGGAAAACUCACAGGAAUCAAUGAAAUUGUACGACCGUUCAGCCCUCCCAAGGCAUCUAAUGCCAGUCCUCCUCCGACUGCACCACUUGCCCGGGCUGAGAGUUCCUCCUCUCUGUCCUCCAACGCCUCACUCAGUGCUGGCAACACCCCCACCGUUGAGGAUGAUAUGUUUGUAGCAAAGCUGCCUGCCUUUGAGAAGAGAUGCGAAACGCCAGCAGGGACAUCUCGCGGUCCCAGCCCUGUGACCCUAGGAUCCCAAGAUGCACUGCCGAUUGCCGUAGCCUUCACAGAAUCGGUUAAUGCUUACUUCAAAGGAGCUGAUCCCACCAAAUGCAUUGUGAAAAUUACAGGGGACAUGACUCUAUCAUUCCCCAUGGGCAUCAUCAAACUGUUCACCAGCAACCCCUCCCCAGCCGUCCUCACGUUCAAACUGAAGAACAUCAGCAGGCUGGAGCAGAUCCUCCCAAACCAGCAGCUCCUGUACAGUGAUCCUUCCCAAAGCGACUCAAAUUCCAAGGACUUCUGGUUCAACAUGCAAGCGCUGACGUCCUACCUCAGAAAAGCCUCAGAUCAGAAUCCUUCGGCUUCCUACUACAACGUGGACAUCCUGAAAUACCAGGUGCAGGCUGAUGGGAUCCAUUCCACUCCUCUUAAUCUGGCUGUGUACUGGAAAUGUACACCGAGCACAACGGAUUUACGGGUCGACUACCGCUACAACCCGGAGUCCAUGGCGUCCCCCGGCCCCCUCACCAAUGUGCAGAUCUUAGUGCCUAUUGAUGGAGGGGUCACCAGUACGCAAUCUCUCCCCAACUCUAUAUGGAACUCAGAGCAGAAUAAGAGUCUUUGGAAGCUGGGUGAAAUCUCAGAAAAAUCUGAAAAUGAAGGCGCUGGUUCUCUGCGGGCAAAGUUUGAGCUGUCAAAUGGCCCUUCGAACCCCUCCACUCUGGCAGUGCAGUUUCUGAGCGAGGGCAGCACCCUGUCAGGCGUCGACAUGGAGCUGCAGGGGACCGGUUACAGACUUUCCCUCACCAAGAAAAGAUUUGCCACAGGGCGUUACAUGGCAGAUUGCUGAGGUGAUUCCCCCCACCCCCCCACCCCGUGGUUCUCAAGAAAAGAAAGUCUUGCUUGAUGCAAAACUACGCAACUUCAGAAGGCUUCCAGAACUUCCAGAUCCUUCUGUUUACGGUGGCCACGGUUUCACAAAGAAAGCGAGAAUCUCACUACAAUAAAACAGCACUGAGUAUUGAACACUGUUUAAAAGAGAAAAAAAAAUAAGAUGAGCUUUCAGGAAAUGUGUAGAUAUGAAGUCUAAUAAUGCUUUCAGAUCAACUCAGUUUUCUUCUUCUUAAUCUUCUUCUUCUUCUUCCUCUGGCUGCUCCCUUUUAGGUUCACUGCAGCGGGUCAUUGUUCUAUCUCUGUCACAGCAACCCUCUGCAUGUCCGUCACUACAUCUAUGAAAUCUAUAUGGGGUGUAAAAUGCUAAAAAAAAACGAAAGAAAGAAAACGUGCACUAACAGUCUUUCAGGUGCUCUUUUGUCUCUUGUAUUUGCUUUCUCAGAGCUUAUAAGAAAUAGAAAACCCACCUCAGUGUGGGUGUGAAGAAAAACUUUCUCUCUGAACUGUAAACAGCACAGAAUUUUCUGCUCAAGCGGCUCUGACUCGGGUAUCAGACGGGCUUUCUUUGCUGAUGUUUGUCUUUUCCGUCUCACCAUUUGUCUUUUGUGAUCUUGUGCAAUGAAGCAAUGAAGGUAAAAUAUGUUUUUAACAGAGCUCACACACUUAUGGCACAAUCUUGAUCAUUGUAAAAAAUUUUGAAGCGCUCUCAAAAAAAAAAAUAGAACCUCAGUGCCUCUUCUUAUACUGUGGAACAAAAGGUAAAGAAGAAAAUGUGUGUUAACGCAAAUGAGGGUUUCCCUAUUUAAAUUAUAAUUCUCUGGAGCUUUUUUAAACUACCAUCUCUUGUGGAGUCUCAAAAUGUCCUUGUAAAUUCUCUGUUUAAGGGUGGCUUGUACUCUUUCAAACUUCCUCACUGCUGGUCUUUAUCGAUCCUCGCUCAGCACCUUUGACUGCGAUACUUUGACAAAAUCAAGGGACUUUACACCAAAUUUACCUUGCAGCCUUUAAUCGUACUUCUGUGUGCUGUUAAUGAGAAAUGUGCCUGAAUCUCACAGUGUUUCUACAGCGUUUUUGUAUACUACAGCACAGUUAACGAGAAUAGCACCAAACAAUGUGCCAGUCGUCUUUUUUUACUCCUCAUUCGGAUAUUGAAGGGAAUACUUCUCUUUUUAAUCUAAACUGUCUUCCGGAAAUAGCCUCUUAAUUGAGUUUAAUCAAUUAACUUUUUCAGAACUCUUUUAGUCUGUUUUGUAUCUGAUACACAUCAGUUUCGUCCUGUCGCGGUUCAGAUUGCGUUAACUAACCAAAUCACCAUGUGGCCGGAUUAAUCAUUGAAAUGCCUUACUGCGACUGCUUGUCACUGAGUAAUCCGCUGUUGCUGACUUUGGUUAAAUACAGUGACGAAAAGCUGCCAUUAAACCUGUGAUAGAUUGCUCACGUGUCCUGCCUCUCUCCCAGUACACGCUGGGACAGUCUUUAGCCAUUUCCAACUGUGAGCAAUACAGGCAGGUUUAGCAAAAUGAAAAGUUGCCACGUUUGACUCUCGGUGCUUCGUUCUUGCCUUCUUUAAAUGGAGGUUGGCUGUGUUUUAAAUGCUGUUUCACUUCUCUAUGGAGCAGUUUGCCUUUUUUUUUAGCAGUUUCCCAUAAUUUUCCCUAAUUAACAUUUUGAAUAUCAUCAUCCAAAUGCUUUUGAAAUUGGUCGAUGUGCUGGAAUUUGUUCUCCCUGUGUCUAAAUUGUCCCUAGGAGUGAAUGUGAGUGUGUGUGGU